AUAUCUUUCAAAAACCAUUGUUUAAUUUUCAAUUAUUCAAACCAUCAUUUUUUUUCUUCAUAAAUAAAAAUAUAAUAAAAAAUUAUAUAAUAUUUAUUCAUGCUGAAAUUUGGAAAUUGUAAUAAAUCGAUCAUUCUAUUUUCCCUGUGUAUUUUAUAUCUGUACGGAAGUCGCCUUUUAUGUGACGGAGCUAAUAUUGCCAUUGCGACCUCGUCUUCGCCCAAGACCAUGACAAGGAAAGUUUAUGUCUUAUGUAUGGAGACGUGUCGAAAAUAUUGUGAAAACGGAUUUGAAAAAGAUAUCGGAGGAUGUUUUAAAUGCAAAUGUCGAAUUCUUGAUUGAAGCUUUAUGACAUUUUGUUUGUUUAAUUUCGCUAAAAAUAUUUGUUAUUCAUUUAUUAGAAUAAAUAAAUAUUAUUUAUUAAAUUAAUUUAAAAAAAUAUAGAAUUUAUUGUAAAUGUGUGUUUUGAAGGAAAAAUAAAUAAAAUUUGAAAUUGUAUAUAAUAUAUAAAAAAAAAUUUUACCUAGAGGGAGGAGUUAAAUAAAUUAAAUAAAAAGCAGACGAUUUAUAAUGGAUAUCGAAAUAUUUAAAUUUUGGAAUAUAGAAAAAUACGCUUUUCUUAAUGUCGUUAGUGAUGAUAUUUCUUCGCAUUCGAACGGUAAAGAAGAAUGGAAAAUAAUUAACGACGAAAACAACUUGCAAAUGCACAUAUUAAAAUCUGGUUAUCUUAUGAUCAAAAAUAAGGAACAAAUCCUAGAAAAUUAUUGUCUAUUUAACGCCAAACAAUUCUUGACAGGAUAUGUGAAAGGUGACAGUGUAUUGUUCACUUACAAGUUUCAAAAUUUAGUCAGAUCCUUCCGUGUAAAAUUCAAGGAAGUGAACGUAAAUUCUGCGGCGCCAGACAAAUCGGUGGUUUCUUGCAAAACCUUUAUCAACCACGUGAAAAAGUUUAUAGAGAUAAACUACGUCGAUAAAGAUGGAAAUGUCGUUCCCAAAAAUAAGGAGCCAGUUAUGCUCAUAAACGGGAAAGAUAUGGCGAAUACUAUCAAAUGCUCAAAAAAUGGAACCAAAAUUUCUGAGAAUCAGUUAAUGGAGUCAAUGACGAUACACAAAAUAGCCGAAUUAUUACUAACAAGACAAUCUAAUGAAAGUGAUAAUAGUACAAAGAAGGAAUUAGGUAACCCCGCGACAGCGAAUAAUAACGACGAUAAAACUUUGAUAAGAAUGAUGGCGUUAUAUCUGUCUGAUCCCACAUUUUUUAGCAUGGUUCAGAAUAUCGAAUCGAUUUUAAAUACUAAGAAAUUUUUAGAUUACCUAUAAAUCUAUAUUUUGUAUAAUAUGAAAUGAUUAAAAUUAUAAUAGAUUAUUUUGUUUUUCAUAUCUAUACAAAUGUAAAAAAUCAAAAUGAUUAUUGCGUUUGUGAAGUUGGUUUUAACGGUAUAAAUUGUAUAUUAUUUAUAUUUAAAUGAUGUCUAAUUUUGAAAAUUAUAAAAUCUGUAAUAAUUAUUUUUAAUUUGAGCCCUUAAUCUAUAUUUAAUUUUAUCUAAACUAGCUAACACGCAGGAAUUCCUAUACCCUAACCCCUCUUCCCAAGCCAAUAACGAUAUCAACCUCCCUAACACUUACCAACCAAUUUUUCUUUUUUCAUUCAUUUAUCCCAAGCUUCCACUACUCUUCAAUUUUUUCCUAAUGUCCAUAGUGUCUUCACAUCUCCCAUCUCUUCAAUUUCGAUGGCAAUUUUGCGUCUUACCCUUAGCCCCCAUUCCAACCAUCCCCGUGGCAGAAAUUACUAUUAGUGGUGAUUGCUAUAUAAGGGCUAGGGAGUUUAUAAAAAUGACCAAUUAUUUUUCAAAUCGCUUUUUAUGAAUAUAAAAUUCUUUA